AUGGGGCAACGGCAUGGUGCCAAGAGUGUUCUCCUGGUCGCGCUUCUCUUCGGCCUGUUCGCCUCAUGCUCGCACUCCUGGCAAGUCAAGUGCACUAGCGGGCCUCUCUCCGGCUCCAUUGGCCGAACAGUCAGCGUCACGAGGGCUGUGCUGAAGCAGCAGCGCAUUCCUGGGUUCGUUUUCGGAAGGCGAGAUGCCGAUGGCGUCCUCACCAUCACCGUUUACAAGUAA